UCCCGAUCCGCUCGCCUUCCUCUUCUCUCCGCCCCCGCUCCUCAGUGACAUUACGCCCCUCUGCCUGUUCUCCGUUCCCCACGCUUCCCAAUGCGUACUAAAGCCACUUGAGUACCGGAGUGGCCAACCCCAUGCCGUUCCCGAUUCUCCCUCUUGCAGCUCUCACCCCUCCAGUGCCGACGGUAGAAAAAGACCUUACUCCAGGGGCUUCCUCCUCACUGGGGAAUUGCCGGAAAGAAACAAAAAAAGGCGCUGGUGUAGGCUCCAAAAUAAACAUCUGAAUUCAUGAUGGCAUCGACAGAGGCUCUUAUUGGAUUAAAAGUCUCAAAACAAACAAAAACGCUUUGGAAAAAGCAGGGUUGAAUGCCUGCUUACACCCUCAGGCACGACCAUGGAGAAAAGUGGGAACAUACAACUGGAGAUCCCUGACUUCAGCAACUCUGUCCUGAGCCAUUUGAACCAGCUGCGCAUGCAGGGCCGUCUCUGUGACAUCGUGGUCAACGUGCAAGGACAAGCUUUUCGGGCUCACAAGGUGGUCCUGGCUGCCAGCUCCCCCUACUUCCGGGAUCAUAUGUCCUUGAAUGAGAUGAGUACUGUCUCCAUUUCAGUCAUCAAGAACCCGACUGUUUUUGAACAGCUCCUUUCUUUCUGUUAUACGGGGCGGAUAUGCCUGCAACUGGCGGAUAUCAUCAGCUACCUGACCGCUGCCAGUUUUCUGCAGAUGCAGCACAUUAUAGACAAAUGUACCCAGAUCCUGGAGGGCAUUCAUUUCAAAAUUAACGUGGCUGAGGUUGAAGCCGAAUUAAGUCAAACGAGGACCAAGCAUGCAGAGGGACCUCCGGAGUCUCACAGAGUUACACCAAAUCUAAACCGCUCCCUCAGCCCCCGACAUAAUACCCCCAAGGGAAACCGGCGAGGUCAGGUGAGUGCUGUCCUGGAUAUCCGGGAGCUCAGUCCUCCCGAGGAGUCCACCAGCCCGCAGAUAAUUGAACAGAGUUCUGAUGUAGAGAGCCGGGAACCCAUUCUUCGGAUCAACCGAGCAGGACAGUGGUACGUGGAGACAGGGGUAGCAGACCGAGGAGCCCGGAGUGACGAUGAAGUUAGAGUCCUGGGAGCAGUACACAUCAAAACGGAAAAUCUAGAGGAGUGGCUUGGGCCUGAGAAUCAGCCUUCCGGAGAAGAUGGGAGUAGUGCAGAGGAAGUCACGGCCAUGGUGAUUGACACCACAGGCCAUGGUUCUGUAGGACAGGAAAAUUAUACUUUAGGAUCUUCAGGAGCCAAGGUGGCUAGGCCAACAAGCAGUGAGAUUGACAGAUUUAGCCCCUCUGGCAGUGUUGUUCCCUUGACGGAGAGACACAGAGCCAGAAGUGAGUCUCCUGGGAGAAUGGAUGAACCUAAGCAACCCACUUCCCAGGUAGAAGAGUCAGCAAUGAUGGGAGUAAGUGGCUAUGUGGAGUAUCUCCGAGAGCAGGAAGUAUCUGAGCGGUGGUUCCGGUACAACCCCCGUCUCACCUGCAUCUACUGUGCCAAAUCUUUCAACCAGAAGGGGAGCCUGGACCGCCAUAUGCGCCUGCACAUGGGGAUCACACCGUUUGUGUGCCGCAUGUGUGGCAAGAAAUAUACCCGGAAAGAUCAGCUGGAAUACCACAUCCGCAAGCACACAGGCAACAAGCCUUUUCACUGCCAUGUUUGUGGCAAAAGUUUCCCCUUUCAGGCCAUCUUGAAUCAGCACUUUCGCAAAAACCACCCUGGCUGUAUACCCCUGGAGGGGCCUCAUAGCAUCUCCCCUGAAACGACUGUCACAUCUCGGGGACAAGCCGAGGAAGAAUCACCUUCACAAGAAGAGACAGUUGCUUCUGGGGAAACUGCCCAGGGCUCUGUGUCCACUACUGGACCAGAUUGAAACAGCGAGGGGUAGGGGGCAGACCCUCUUCCCCUUUGGGCCAUAAGUAACCAGCAUCAGGGCCAUGGACUGGUACUUAGAUUCACGAAAUGCCACAUCACCAGAUCAGAAGAUGCUCCCAAGAUGUUGCCAAACUAGAGCAUCAGCAACAUACGCAAAAGCACUAGAGGCUCUUCCCCUCUUUCUUCCCACCUCACACUUGGAAAAUAAUCAAGCAAAUCAGCUUUCUAAUUCAGGGAUCAACAGCCUUGGUUUGUUAACUUUAUAAAAGUUUUUUUAACAAAACAGUGAUAAAUGAUCAUUUCUCUACCAGUCAUGUUUGAACACUGUACUUUGGUCCAUAUCACCCUGGUGGCUGUCAUCGCCCAGGUAUAAAACACAAAGCAGGAGCCUUGGUCAUCUGAAGCAGCCAGCCACGAAAGAGAAGGAAGCCAUCGUGAUGGUGAUGAUAAGGGGGAGUUUCUCUUCUUCCUUCCCUGCCAGAACUUGCAGUUUCAUAUUUCAAGGGAAAAAAAAAAAAGAAUCCUGGUAGUUCUUUUUGUUUUGAAAGGUUAGACUUAAUCUUUGCCCAGGCAGGGCACCGGAUACUUUGCCAGAUUGUUUCACGUAAGCGGCCAUCUUGGAGCAGUAUUCUAAUGGGCAGCAUCAUCUGAAGCACUUUAGGCACCUGCAAAUGAAAUGAGCAGCAAUGUGUUUACAAUAGGUAUUCCUGCAUUUGGGGGCUUGAGUGUUGUGUCGAGGAAGAAGGGAGCAAGGGAAGGAAGUGUUUUUGUUUCGCAGUUACUGAAUAUCAAAUAACACAGAGCCAGCUGUACUGCAACUUCCUGAUACAGUGUUUGUAAGCCAUAAUGCUUGCAUAUCUUCGGGUGUUAAGAAAUGGCUCUAGUCCAGAUGGAUAAACGUGUAAGGCUGACUACCAAAGUUUCAUCUAGUCUCUUUGGCUCCUAGUUUCACAUAACAGCAAUAUUAUACAUCAAAAAUGUCACUUUACAGUGAAAUGAGCCUGGAUUCUAUUUUUAAAUUCACAGGUCUCCAUAUUUGAUAACUUUUAUAUGACGUUUUAAACAUUUUUUCUGCAAUAUUGUGGUUGUAGAAAUUCAAUACUAUGGUUCUUACUGCAACCACGAUUCCAUUUCCUCCUGCAUAUGUGAUAGUUUAUAUUUUCAGUCCAAUAGAAGAACCUCACUAAUCCAUGUCUUGCGUCUGCAAACCUAGUAAUUCAUAAACCAACCGUUAGCAAAUUGCUGGUGACUCCAAGAGCUUUGCUUUUUAAUAAUACACUACAGGGCAUUUAUCAGAAAACAUCAUGCACAAUCAUGUUGCAAUAAAUUGAUCAAGGGGAUCAAUUUUAAUCAGGUUUGGUUACUUAAUCAUUCCUAAGAUUUUUGAAACUUCAAGGGACCUUUUGGUAAUUCUGAGUAUUUCUGAGAUUCUUAAUCCAGCACCGAGAGUCAGAAAGAAUUUACCAAACUUAGAGCUUCAGAUGCCCUGUCUUGCAUGCAGAGAAUGAAGGAGGAUCAUUAAGGGAUGCAGGCAAGUAGAUGCUUACAAGUUACAGUGCAAAUAGAAAGGAGAAAACUCUCUGGCUUCUCGUAAUUGAUCAUUGAUUUCUUAGAGAGUAUUUAAAUACGUAGUGGUUUAAGAAAUUGUUUUGGUACAGGGGCAUAGAUGAUUGUAAAAGAGAUUUGGGAGAGGGUUUGAUCAUGCCUGCACUGGUGGUGAGCCAUUCAUGAGAACAUUAGUGGUGCGCCCCCUUCCUGAGAAUGCUUUGGUUAUGUGGAAAAGUGGGUAGGAAAGAUGGCCUUGCUUUGAUGAUCAGAAGUUAGAAUGCAGAGGGUAACUCUUAAGCAAUCUGAGACCUGUACAUAUACAUACAGCUGUACCAUAUCACUAGUGAAUGGUUCUUUUUCUCUUCUGGAAAAACAAUGUGUCUUUUAACAGGAAUGUAAUGAUGCUACUACUAUUUGAUUAGCGCCUACCCUUAAAAGUCAUGUUGAAGCCAUAUUUUGUCUUCAGAAAACAGACUGUGGCAUUCUCUUUAGUUGGGCAACAGCAUGAUAGGGUGAAAACUGCCACCUCAGGCCGUCUUAGGGAGCAGCUGUGCUCUGUGGCAUGGAAAAAGUGGAGCUGAAAUUAGACUGAAAUCUUUGAAGAAGCAUUUCAGCUGGCAAUCAAGGUUUUUGGUGGACAGAUUCUGCCAUUACUAAAUAGGCAGGGAGGUGAGAGGUACAGAAUACGCUGCUUUAGAAGGACUGUUUAAGCCUACCAAAAAAAUGUAAGUCAUCCUACUUUUGAGAAGAAGUAUGCUGGAAAGUUCUGUAUUGCUUUGUUAGUUUUUUAGAUGUUAUAUGAGAAAAUAGAGCUUUUAAAACUAUUACCAAAUUGUAAAAGUGAGGUGCAGUCAUUUCUGUGAAGAGGAACUUCUGCAGCAUUUGUCAGUACUCCAUCCAGGGUGAGCAACAGACAUUUUAAGUGAACUAGGGACUGUUUGAUAGAUGUGGAAAUACUGUGAGGGUUUGAUGGGUUACCCCCUCCUUUUUUAUUCACUGCUAACAGGUUUUUGCUGUAUCUAUACUGUGAAUAGAGUGUUUUUUCGGUCAUCUAGGACCACUUCAGCACAAUCAUGUUUGCUGGUUCUCUCCUCUUAAUUGGCCUAGUGCCAGAGCCAUGAAAUUCAUGAAAACUCAAACCAGCCUAACUUUUAAACAGAUUUAAGUUUCUGAAAACAAUUUCUCCAUUUUAAUUAGAAGAGAUAUUAUUAUUCUAAAUAACUAUCCAAGAUUCUUAUCCAGGUUCACUGUGACAUUGUCCUAGUUCUUAGCUAACAUCCUUGUAGGGACAUAGGAGUUAGUAGCAUUCUAUCUACAUUAAUGAAUAGCUCUAUAGGUAUGUGCACAGAGGAUACCUCUCUUAAGGAUGUACUGAAUGGACUUUAGCUAAUGCUGAAAACUCAUUACCAAAUUUUAACUUGCACAUGUCACCUUGUGAAGGGAACAGCAUUAGCAGUGAGAGCUAAAUCAUCAUUAAAUACUCUAAUGCCGUGAAAUAGCAAACACUGGGACUGUUUUCAUUUGUUGAGUGGCCCUUAAUAGCAAAGGAGCUACCUACUAUUCUCAGCAAAAGACGAGAGAUGACGUUAUCUACUUUCACUCUAAAAGGUACCUUUUAUUUCCUCUCUCAGAAUUCUGAUACCAGUUUGAAAUACGGCAUUGGCAUGAGAAGUAAUACUGUACUUCAGGCAGAAGGCUCUUUCUAAUGACUUGUUCUCUCUUUACUCAGAACCGUAUUUACCUCUGAAAAGAGUUGAGUUUCUGUGAGUUGCAAACUACCCCCUAGUUAUUUGUUAUACCAGAGGGUCAAAGCUAGUCUUGAAUACGUAAGCAUAAAUUAGUUCCUGAAGGAUAAAGAUUGGAAAACAAGGGAGAUAGCAGUUAAGGGAAGUUUUUGGUAUUUUUUUAGUGUUUCCAGUUCCCUCUAUAUCAUUGAAACAGGGUUUUCCAAAGAUGGCAUGACAAUAGAAAUAAACCAUUUUCCUACUAACUUCAUAGUUGAAAUCUGACCUUGAUUGGAACUGGUUUGAUAGAAGAGUGAAAUAGUGAACUUCAUCCUUAAUAGCUGAAUAGUCUUUGGUCAGGAAAUAACUUUUUAAAGGUUUAGCUGUUUCUUAACACUAAUUUUAUUUUAACUGGUAAAAACAACAUUUUGUUUGACUAGAGUAUCUAAUUUAAAGAAAUGAAAGCAACGAGCAAUAGAAAGGAAAUUAAAUUUGAACAAAGAUAAAAAGUCUUAGUCAUAGUGGAAAGGCAUUUAAUCAGGGAGGAGUUGGAAUCUUGGAAGUUUUUAUUUUUUCAGCUGUAACAGGCAUGUGGAUUUUUUUGUUUUGUUUUUUCUCUUCCUCAGAUGUUCUCCUUAUCUGUGUAUUCAUUCAUUCAGUAUUUUGGUUGCUGAGAUUUAGAAAAAGAACAAGUAGCAAUUAAGUCAGGUAAAUCCCUCCAUUUGAGAGGAUGCCCUAAGGGGGCAAAGUAUAUCUCUAGGAUUUAGGAAUUAGAUCAAGAUUCAGCAAACCACAGUCCCCAAGCCAAAUCCUGAGGUCACCUUUAUGUAUAAAGAAAGUGGUAGUGGAAGAGAGCCACACCUGUAUUAUGGCUACUUUGUACAGUCAUUGCAGAGUUGACAGACAGCAUGGCCUGCUGUCUGGCUCUUGACAGAAAAGGUUGCCAAGUCCAGAAUUAUUAAUAGAUUCGAAAGAAUUACACCAUCCCCCUCAAUUUGUCACUCUUGUCAUUUUGCCUUUAUAACAGGUUGAUUGAGGUUUUAAGUUUGUACUGCCGUGUAUGCAUCAGUUUCUUGAAAGAGGUUGCCAUCUUUUUCUAGAUCCUUGUCUCAUUUAUGCUCCUUCUUGAAUCCCAGUGCAGUAGAGCAUUUAGAGCAGGCCUUAUGAUUUGUCCUUGCCUUUAAGGUAGAUGGCAAUCCACUCCAAUACUCUUGCCUGGAAAAUCCCAUGGACAGAUGAGCCUGGUAGGCUGCAGUCCAUGGGGUCGCAAAGAGUCGGACAUGACUGAGCGACUUUACUUACUUACUUAAGAUAGAUUAAGUUGAGGAUGGUAAUUACAGAUUUAAGAAAGUAAUUUUUAAAAAUAAUUCCCAUAAAAAAAUAAUAAUUCCCAUAAAUGAUAACAUACGGUUAAAUGAAUACCAUGUUUAGAGAAAAUACUGGGGAAGAGAACUAAUGUUUUUAUAAGUAAAUUUUGCCAUUUCUCUAAGUUAACAUGAUGAUGGCAAGACUGGAUUUAUUCCCACUAGUAUUAAAAUUAAUUUCUCUUAAGAAUAAGGGGUUUGAUUCCUAUCCAAAGUACUGUUUUUCUAGAUUAGAAACUACCCAUUUCUUUACUAUAAAUCUUCAUUUUAAUUUACUCAAGUAAACUCACUCUGUUUUAUAUGGAGUAGUAAAAAGCCAAAAUCUUCCUUUUUUAAAAAAAAGAAUAUUUUAAAACUUAAAACAUCUGAAGACUUAAAGUUCUUUUUCGAACUAUCUCCCAAUUUCUGUUAUUGUUUGUAAUUCUCAAUAUAUAUUGGGACAUUAUAUCUUUGCUUUGUGAAUGUUCAUUCCUACUGUUCAAUUAGUUUAUGCCAGAUGUGGAAAAGUAAAUGGAAAAUGUUAGAAUGAUAAUAAACGUAAUUCCUUGGAAGAGGAAAGUAUAAUGGCUCCGCAUCUGAAAAACAGUGCAUGGACCUCUGAGUUAAACUUAUCUGGGCAGAGAGUUCUAGGCCAUGCUCAUACAGUGCAGUGAGUUUGAUUCUUACUUUGUUGUGGUUUCUACCAACACAUGUAAAGUUUGGAUGAGCGACCUGACCGCAUGCAUAUACAGCACCUCUUCACUAUACAUUUUAUUCUUAAGGUUGCCUUUUUCUAAGGUGGAAAUUAGGUUUUAUAUGUUAUACCCUCCGAGUAAUAGAUAACCUUCAUCUAGAAGGUUCCAGGAAUAUUUGCAUAGGUCAGAUCUGCUUUGUCUUGGAGCACUUGUAUUAAUAAUGAGUUCUUGAGAUUUUAGAGUGCUGUUUUCCUGGUUAAUUUGGGAUUCCAGUUAAUCUAGGGUAUAGGACUUGGGAAAGAAAUUGUAUUUAGGUAGUCCAGUGAAUCAUUUGCAUAUACCUCCAUUUGAGGUCUUGGUAACAGAUGUCAUUUAAAUAAGAAUCUGUUGAAAAUAAUGGAGUUUGCCAAGCAUUAUGAGUUCUUUGAUAACUGUUAGUCUUAAUGUGGUUUCACCUCCUUUGCUUUCUCGUGUCUUUCUGUUUUUCACUCUUCUUAUUAAGUGGUGCUUUUCCUAGGACCAGUCUUUUUACUUUGCAUUAAGUAACUUUUCUUGCUCAAGACAAACCAGAGUUGGAUAGUUUCAUACUUUCAAACCUGACUUAAUUACAUUCCAAAAGAUGUAAUUGUUGAUAGGAACAGUGAAAUCAAAACCUGCAAGCUAUCUGUAAAUACUAUCUGGUUUUUUGUAGGCAGACUAUCUUUUCCCUCAAUUGUGAAAAACAGCAGUGACUUAGAAGGCAAGCAUUGCCUGAAAUAUGCAUUAUGUUCACAGAGCGUACACAUAUAAAUAAAUUUCUUAUCUUACAUCUUCCCCGUUAUCUGUAUAAUAAAUACCUCUCAUCGUAACGUAAUUAAGGAAGGUCCAUUAGCUCAAAUAGUGGAAGCUUUAAACGCAAAGCUUAGUUAAGCAGCUAAGGGGGGGGGAAACCACUUUUCUAAUGCUUGCUUUUUUAUGUUGACUCAGUAAGUCCUGUUAAGGAAACUAGAAUUCACCACCCACUUAAGAUAUUUGUUCAGCAUCUCAUAUGACCAACAGCACAAUUUAAUAUACUGUGAAUCUUAGAAUCUGAAUUAAUCCAUAGUGCCGGAAGUCAAAGUAUAUAUCUCAUGGGGAAAUGUUUCCUAUCUUGUGAAAUCACUUAUAUGGCAGGUAGCAAGAGGAGAAUCUGUUCUAUUAAGUACAUUUUUGUUCCAUUAACUAAUUUUUGGUACCAGACAGUGUGCUUGAAAUUUGUAUAGCAAAACUGAUUUUAUACAUAGUUUAGAUGUGGCUUCCUGUACUUGAGAGUAUUAAACCCACUUGGUUAGAGGCUGGUAUACAUGUUUAAAAGCCCUGAGGGUCAAAAAGAAGGGGACGGAAUUAACCACACUAAGUGCUUUAGAGACAUAACUGCAGUUAAUUCUCAAAAUAAUUCUCUGAGGUAGUAACAGAAGUAGCUAAAAAUUACUGACUUUGAAUGUUAACUAAGUGUUAAGCACAGUUUUAUGUGCCUCACAUUAAUUAACUCUGCUACUCCUUAUGAUAAACACAUUAGAGUCGAUGCUGUUACUAUCCUCACUUUAAAAAGAAACCGAAAAAAAAAGAAAAGAAACUGAGACCCAGAGAGGUUGACCUAGACAGUCUUUCACUAGACUUGACACUCUUAAUGGACUGUGUUGGCCUUUAACAGGUAUAAUUAUACCAUAUUUUAUAGAUGAGGAAACUGUUGAGCCUAAGAUUACACGAUUGAUAAAUUGCAGAGCCAGUAUUUACCAAUCUGAUUCCAAAGCCCAGACUAUCUCCAGUACAUCAUGUUAACUCUGUUUACUUAACAGAGUUGUAGUGAACUAGAAUAUACCAUAGCCAGUAACAGCACUGCUUUUAGGGAACUUUUAAUUCAGGAAUAAGUGAUCAGAAGGUUUCUCCAAGAGAUAAUGCAGUUGAUUUCGAGCAGAUGUUGAAUGGUGAACGUUUUCUGGGAAUGUUGCCCACCAAUUUAGAGGAGUCCCCCAUUUGGUGGUUCUAAUUGUGAACAACUGCUUGAGUUACUACUACCAAGGCAGAAAUUGAAAGAUGGCAUUCCAGUUACCUGUUGUAUGUAAUGAACUCUCUAAAUCUCAGUGACCUAAAACAGCAACUGCUUUAUAUAGUACAUAAUGUUGUGAAUCAGAAGUUCAGGAAAGGCUUGUCUAGGCAGUUUCACGUUCCCUGUGGUGAUGAUUCAGGUCAUCUGAUAGUAUUCAGCAGGUGGUUGGACUGGUCAGGGUGUCCAAGGUGAGCUCACUGUCCUGACACCUUGGUAGAGAGGACUGGAAAACUAGGCCCAGCAGGCCUCCUCCCCGUCUCUGGAGCCUCGGGACCCUCCAUCUGAUCUCUCCAUCAGAGUAGUCAAAUUUAGGAGAUGGCAGCUCAGGCCUCCCAAGUCCUCUUCAAGACCAGGCCCAGAGCUUUCAUAAGAGUCAUCACCACACACUAUUGGUCAAAGAAGUCACUGGUCAGCCCAGAUUUGAAGGGAGAGGAGAUACCUUACCAGUUGAUGGAAGAUGUGUCAGGGAUUUGAGACCAUCUUUAAUCUGUUACAGGCAGCAGUAGGUGUUUUGGAUUUGUCUUAACUUGUGUGUUCAUUUAGGUCAGUUGUUUGUGCCAUAAGAAACCAUUUCUUCUACUAGCCAUGGGUUAGAAGAAGCUAGAAGGAGAAUGAAACAAAUACCUGAAACAGAUUUCAUUAGCUUCCCACCCCCAAGUUUCACUUACAGCAAAAUUUCCACAUUUUCUUUUGUGCACUUUCCAAAUUGUUGCAUUUGCCCUUUUUUUUUUUUUUUUUCCCUGUGAAGCAACAGUAACUGUCGAUUCUAAACCAGAAGUAAUCUACAGAGGGAGUAAAAACCUUGCUGUUACAGACCUUGGUUUAUUAGAGAUGUCAGCUGUAGUUCAUUUUCAAAUAGGCAAAAACUCCUGUGGUGUGGAAAAUUCAUAUGGCUGCUAAAUCUGUUUCAACAGGAGUUUCUAUUAAGUGGCUAGAUGGAUUAUAUUUUUGACAUAAUUGAAAAUUUUGCCUACAUAUACUACAUCUUUGUUCUGUAUUCAGUCUCUCAGUUAUGUCCAACUCUUCGCAACAACCCUUUGGACUGUAGCCCACCAGGCUCCUCUGUCCAUAGGGAUUCUCCAGGCCAGAAUAACUGGAGUGGGUUGCCAUUUCCUCCUCCAGGGGAUCUUCCCGACCCAGGGAUCGAACCCUCAUCUCCUGUGUCUCCUGCACUGGCAGGCAGAUUUUUUGCCACUGAGCCAUGGGGGAAACCCCCUACCUGUCUUUACUGCCACCUCCGGCACAAAUUUGUGCUGGAGAAGAGGUUCAUUCCAUUUAUAUUACCUUCCAUUUUGGAAACACUCUCGCUCCAUUUUAUAGUUGUUAAUCCUCUAAAAUUAUCAGUUGCUACUGGCUUCUGUUGACUGAAAUGACAGAUCAUGUAAGUGUUAUGAUUUGGGGUUAGAUUUGUCAAGUUUAGGGUGCUUUACCUCCUGCUGGCUUAUAAAAGGACUUCUAUUGCUUUCAGAAGAAAUAAGGGCAAAGAAUAAAUUCUGUUGGAAAAAUGAUCAUCCCCAAAUCAUCUUUCUAAGAGAAGAAAGGUUUGGUGUUAUCUAUCCAUUCUAUCUGCAGUGGUUUCUUGGAGAAUUAGUUGUGGGGGCUUCUUGUUGGUCUAUCCCAAUUAGAUCAUAUAGUUGAAGGGAUCUCUGUUCUCGGGUCAGGCCUCAGGAAUUACAAAUACAGGAAAUAAAAGGGGUACUCAGGGCUGAAAACUUUAAUUUAGGACUCUAGAAGAUCCUGGGACAGGAAAAAAGGACUUUGGCAUUUGUGGUUGAAUAACCAGAUAUGGAAUGUUUGAGUCAUUUAGGCAUCCGUAUUAAUUAGAUUUUAUCAUACAAUGAUUGGGGCAAAUUUUGAUGAAUAAAAAUCAGUGAGCCUUAACAUUUUCCACUCUGCUGUACCUCAAAGUCUGCCCAUUAUUACAGAGAAAACCUUUGAAAAUAUAUUCCCAGGGAAUGAAAAAUUGAUUCUAGGUACUUUUGCUCUAAGCAUCUUCGCCAUAGACAUCUCUGCUGCAGGCAUUUUCACCUUAAUUACUAAUUCACUGCAAGGCAAUUUUCCUGUAAAAGAUAAAAUAGUAAAAAAUAAAAGAGGGAUAUUAAAGAGGACAUAAUGAAACAUGAUAAAUGAAUGACAGUUUUUUUUUAAAAACUUGAAAGCAAAUUACAAAAUAUUUGAAUACAUCUAAAAUGUGUGUAGUUCAUGGCAAUUCUGCACAAAUAACUGAUUUUCAUAUUUUGUGUGUUGUACCUAAGCAGUUGUCUUCCAGGUCUUUCAUUCUUAGUAUUGAAUAUUUUGAUCAUCUCCUCAUCAGCGUUGUGCAUUUUCUUUUUUCUUAAACUUCUUCCUUCAUUGAGAGAGGUGUCAGUUUCCAAAUAACCAGGAUGCAUAUUCGUAACCAUGCUUUGUAUCACAUCGUGAAAGCCUCUGCACUAUUGUUUGUUCUUGGCAUCUUGUCAUAUGUCUGUUCAUACUUUCCAUAGUUGUAUAGGAAAUGUGGGUUCAGCUCUGCACCUUUGAGACUUUUGGCCUGUUUAUCCUCCAGUGUAGUUUGUUUCAAAAUAAGAAACCAACUCAUGGGGCCAAUCAUCAUUAUCUGUCAGUUCAGUAAAACCAUCAGUAAUGUCACUAACUGGGAGACACGCCUGUCAAGACCAAACUAUCAAAGCAAAAACUGUUAUCCAGUUAUUUUAUCUUAUGUGGCAAAAUUGUCUUAUGGCCAAUUAGUCAUGGUGCAAAAAUGUUUGCAGCAAAGAAGCUCAGGGCAAAAAUACUGGUUACUUGAAAAAUCUUUGAUAAUCUAUGAAGAUGCCUCUCAUUCGGUGUCUUAUAGCCCUUUGGGCCCUCCUCUAGAUUCUCUGACUCUUAAAUUUGAAAUCAUCUGGUGGUUGCACGAGAACUAAAUACAGUUGACUCUUGAACAAUGUGGGAGUUAGGGUGCAACCCUCUGCAAGUGGAAAAUCUGCCUAUAUCUUAAUAAUUGGGCCUCUUCUUCUGAGGUUCCUCUGUAUCUGGGGAUUCAACCAACUGCUGGAGGUGUAGUAAUGUAGCAUUUACUAUUGAAAAAAACCUGGGUAUAAGUGGAUUCAUGCAGUUCAAACCUAUGUUGAUCAAGGGUCAACUGUACUAUGGUCUCAAGUUGAAAAAGAGGACAAAGAAGAAAGGGAACCUGUAGAUUGACAAAAUACUUAUUUUUUCUUUUCAGCAUCAUAAGUCUAAACCAUUAAAGCUAAUAACAACUACCUGAGAAAUUCCUAUGGUUUAGAUUUCUGCAUUUAGCACAUCUUAAAGCAGAUGUUUUUGACAUAUUUGAAGAUGAUCUACUGAGUUUCCUGUAAAUUAACAGAAUCCUAACUCUAGUGGUUCUUAAAGAGCCAUUGCAAAAACAGAAUUACAACACAGGGAACAAAGCUUAAAAUGUGUUUCCUCUGGAAGCCAAGAUGAUAAAGCAGGAGUCACUAAGAGUGUGGCUGAAAUCCACUUCGAGAAUGGCUAUCAGUCAGAUAGCAAAGAUAUGUAAAAUUUAUAUGGUAUUUGCUAUUUUUACAAAAAUUAUUUUAAAUCAUGUAACUUGAAAAGUGAGCCUGUUUUCUUUUUGGAAAAGUGGGCCAAUAAAAAUAACACUAAUAUAAUUCAAUUGUAUAUGCAUGUGCAUUGAACACAGAGUGGUAUACUAAAGAUAGUUCAUGCAAAUAACUUUUGUGGGAAGUUUGGCUAUUUUCUUAAUAUCUUUUUUUCAUAAAUGUGUGUUUAUAAAUAUAUUUACUCAUCCACUAUAACCUUGGUAGCUUUAGCAUUUUGUUAGCUAUAUCAUUGAUUAUAAAAAUCAAUUUCUUGGCAUAGUAGGCUAUGAGAGCUUUUAGUUGCUUUGUUUGUAUUUUGGCUAAGAAAAUUAUUUCUCGCACUUUGUAUUUAUAAAGAUGUUAUAACACUUUGCACCCACUUAGCACAGCUGUUCUUUAGUGACAAAAGAUAUAGGCGUUAAAGUGAAAUGUAUGUUUAGAAGCCCGGCAAAAGGAGGGCUCUCAAAAGAACAAAUUUGGCUUGAAUCUACCAGAGAAAAGCUGGGGGUUAAUAUAAAAUUUAGGUUGAAAAUAUCUGUUGGAAUAGGUGUGCAGUCACUGCAAGUUGCAAUAUCAUUAUAAAUUGCCCGCUAUAUGUUUGUGAUUUUAUGCAUGUGUGUGAGAAAAAGAUGUCUGAUGAAGGCAGAUAAGUUAGUGUAGAAAAUUCUACCUCCCAUUAAAGACAGAAUAUUCCAAGUUUGCCCUGUAGCCCUUUACGCAGGAGGCUGGAUUCCUCAGCCACUGUCCACCUCAUUCUCUUUUGUACUCGCUUUAGCUCCUCUACCUCUGAGCACUUGGCUGCAGACAGUGUAGCUUUCUGUAGCAAGCACAGGAAAGCCAGACCCGAAAUAGAGAGGCCGCAGUAUCUCACUUCUCAAUGUCAUCUUCACUUGUAAAUGUUUGGUUUUGUUGCCCAAAUCAGUGUCAGAACACUUGGGUUUAGUGCUUUUAUCCACUGGCCUCUGUUUGGCAAGAGUAGCCCUUGGAAGUGGAGUUUUUCUGCUGUUUUUUAAAGAUGCACUCAAUUCCUUUUAAUGAUGUGAAAAUUUUGUUUGAAUCCUGAGCUUUUUUAAAUUUUUUAAUUGCCAUUUGCAGCCCAUUUUGGGGACUGGAAUAUCAACCAUAUUUUCCUGAUGUUGAGCCUUCUGCCAGUAUCUUGACAUGCAGUUUUGCAUGACCUGGAUUUUUGGAUGACCUAUUUUGCUUUUAGACACUCUGAAAUUCUUCUCUUUAUAAUGCCAAGAAUGUUUAUAAUAGUUAGGAUGGCCUAUUGUGGGUGUCAGGAAAUUCACUUUCGGUAGUAAAUGCCACUAGGCAGACCACCUAAUCUUUAAAUGCAGUUGGAGCAUUCAGCUGAUUUGCUCUUGGGGGCACACUAGUCCACUGAGCCAAAUCAGGUUACCUAGCUUUUGAACAUUUGUUACAGUUGAGAAAGGAGUUUUGGGCCUUUCAGAAAUAUCCCAGAAUGCUUUCCACCUUUUCAUCCAAAGGCACUGGUUAGAAUGGCUGGUUGUGAUGUGCAAACAGGGACUCGCGCUGGUUAGGAGUGAAAACGAGAGAGUGAUCCAUUUGCAGACUUUUGAGAGUUUCACAUCCAUGUUUUAGGUACUAACUGAUAAGUGUUUACUUUCCUGUUGACUGGAUAGGGCAAGUGACAGUACUGACAGUGUGAAAUUCCAGAUUCAAUAAGCAGUACUCAUUGGUGACGACUGAUGUAUUAGUCGUCUAAUAGUAACCUUCAUCUGUGUAACAGUAUGAAUUCUGUAAGGAGAUGAGAUACUAAAAUCAUGUGAAUCUGUUCACCACAGCUAUCUUUUUUCUAACUAUAGAAUAAUUGUCAGCCUAUAAGCCAUGCUACUAAAAACCUAGACUCAGGAACCUGCUUAGGAAAAUUCUUCCUUCUGGCUUAUCUUUUAUUUGUGCCCAGAGUCUUGGCCUAGACCUGUCCCCAGCUGUUUUGCUACAAACACAUACUUAAGGUGCAGUCUUACCUAAGUCAAUAAUACACUGUCAGCCAUGCAGUCUGUUUUACAGCCAAAGUGAUUUAUUGAAAUGCAAAACAAAAAAAGUGAGAGAUGCCUAGGUCAUUUCUUGGAGGCAUGUUGAAUCAAUCUAUGAAUCUGGGAGGAAGCAUAGAGUCUUAUCUUCUAUCUGGCUUGGGUGAACAGUGACUUGAAUGCUUUCUGUUAAAAUACUACAGAGCUAGUUGACCUCGACCAGUAGUUCUCAAUUUUGGCUGCAUAUUAGAAUCACCUGGGGCUUUUACAAAAGGCCAUCUGGGGUCGGGGUGGGGCAGGGGGUGGGGGGGGUGGGGGUGGCUUUAAAAGCUCCUCAGGUGAUUUUAAUGGGCAGCCAAGAUUGAGAAUCAUUUUCUAGGUAGUCCGGAAUGGUCUGUGGCAGCAUAACCUUCACCCGGUUGUCUUUUGUCAUAGGUACCUUUAUCAGUAUCACAGGCAUGGCUUGGAGUUUAAAACUUAGCGUGGGCCAAGGCUCAGGUGGUAAACUGGACCAUCCAUUUGUCCUCAGUCAUUCAGUAGAGAGCUGUUGCCAUGCACCCACUUUCCUCUCUGUACCAAAGCCUGAACAAGUCAGCAAAAGACAUUAUCUGAGUCUGCUCCCUAGAAUCUGCUUUCCCUUUCAUAUGUGAUUUAAGUGGAGAUUUUUAGAACUCUGCUAGCUAAAAUAGAGCACUUGAACUUAUUAAAAGAGCCAGGCCUAAGCCACCUAGGGUGAUUUUUAUUUGUAAAAUAAUCAGGUAGCAUUGUUAAAGUUAAUGAAGAAAUAGAAGGGUCCUUCCUGGUGUGAUGGUCAUGUAGUUGAUUAUUUGUCCCUUAGCCUGUCUUCUAAGUGGGAUUUCAAUGUACAGUGAUGUUUGCUUUUCCAUGCUCCUUUGUGAAUUAAAUGCACUAGCUAAGGCGUAAAUAUUUCUGAGUUUUAUAUGAAAUGUGAAAUGAAUCCUUUUAGCAGCUUUUUCCAGGAUGUCAAAGACUUAACCCAGUAAUUCCCAAACAAGUUUUCAUAUCGUUGAUUCAUUCACCCACCCAGGUGUAAAAUACCUACCGCUGGCAACCUCAGUGUGGUAAUGGGGAGAGGAGGACUAUUUGAUUAUCCUUUAAAAAGUGAGAGCCACCAUUCAAACUAAUAAAUUACCAAGUGAUUUCUGAUUCAUGAAAGAAAUUUGUGUUUAAGAGCAAGUUCAAACAUGACGGUCUCAUCUGAGAGACUGCUGGCACUGUGGAAACUUUCAUUCCUAUGCUGCCUGCAAAUAAUCAAUGAUUUAAAUCUCAAAUAGGUUGUGUGUUUGAGAAGAAACAAGUGGGUGGAAGGAAAGAUUCUAAGUGCAGAGGACUGAAUUAGCAUCAGACUCUGACAUUUCAUUAAAAUAACAUUUAGGCCUGACUUAUUUGCUUAGCAUGUAUAUGCUGCAGUGUCAGAAAUGCCUCCUAUGCCUUAGAAGAUCUGAGAAGGCUUCCUUACGUUGGGUGGAAUAGAAAAGCAGUAGCCUUUGAGACUUGUCUGCAUCCAGAGAGUAGCCCAUUAGGGUUCUCAUACUGAGAAACCUUGUAGAGUACUGUGAAAUGUUGUUGAACUUUAUGCAGAUCACAUCGCACUGGAUUUUAAGAUUUAGGGGAAGGAGAGUAGAGGAGAAGGGGGAAGUAAUGGUAAAGUAUAUAUAUAUAUAUAUAUAUAUAUAUAUAUGAACUUGUACUAUAUUUUACGCAAGUAAUGAAACAAAUUCCCUAUCAGGAAUUCUGUCAGGACUAAGUUCAGCCAAAUUCUUCUAUCCUACUGAUUGGCUUGCUGAUUCCUCUUAAACCUCUUAAGAAAUCCUUUCUGAAAGAGCUAAACAGAAACUGGUCUGACUGCAGUUUCACCACCCUGCCGCAUUCCCUUACUCAAAAGAAAAACAUACCCAAACAAUAGGCAAAAAAAAAAAGUCUCAGUAUGUUAACUUCUCAUCCUUUAUGGUCUGUGUUCACUGUUGUAGCCUAUUGCAUUGUUUUGCAAUAUAAUGGCAGAACUUAAAUAGAUCUGCCACAUGAGUCAGGAACUAUUGGCUUCUCCUUUAAGAAAUCUUAACAUCAGAACUCUCAAUUUUUGGCUUGUCAGCACAAGUGAGUAAAGGGAGAAGUACGUUGAAAGAACACUUAGGGAAUUCCCUGGCCAUCCAGUGGUUAGGACUUCAUGCUUUCACUGCUGAGGGCUGGGGUGCAAUCCCUGGUUGAGGAACUGAUAGGAUCCUGCAAGCCACUUAGAUUUCCUGGCUUCUCGUAAUUUCAGGUGGGACCCACUUACGCUCUGUGUCUGAGAAGAAAAGACAGAGGGUUCAAAGAUAGAAAAGUCAAUGUAGCCGAAAUGUGGUUUCCUUCAGAUGGACAUAGUCUCAAAGACACCUGUCCAGCUGUUCUCAAUGGUGCUUACACGAUGGGUGACAGCUGCCUCCCAUCUUCCCGUCCCUGGCACUGUGCCUUCCCACUGGUCACUGUGAAAAGCAGAUCACACUGGACUCAGAGGCCAGAAUCCAGGACGAUUUCCCCCUUCUCAUUACUUCUUCAUACAGCUAAUAAUGUAGCAUAUACUUCUCUUUGGAAAAUUCUUGGGUUUGCCCCCCCCAAGAAAUAGUAAAGCAUUUAAAGGAAAAGUAAGAUUCUGGUGGUAGCUAUCAAAGAGAUGACAGGAACAUUUUAGCUUCCCCUCAGAUGAUAUUUAUUCAUAGCAAGGACCAACUAUGCCUCCUCAUCCUCAGUUUCUAAGGAUAGCAUAAUAUUUCUAAGCAACAAAGUUAUCUAACAUUUUUUUUCACAACUUGUUAAUCAAGGAUUCAUAUUAAAACCGACAGUUUCUAAAAUGUUGUUAUCCCUGAAAGGGAAUGAGGUAGAGUUUUUAACUAGAAGAACCUGUUUUUUUUUUCCCUUUGAAAAAACUAACACUUGAGGUUUGUGUCUUUUGUCUGCAACGAUUACUCCAUAAAGAUGUCUCAGAACAGUCAGUGAGCCAAGGCUAGCACUCUCACGCCCCUGAGGGUGCUGGACUGGGUUUGUACAUCUUAUUUCCUUAGAGAAUAUCUGUUUUUAUUAUGCCCUUAACUAUAGAUACCUAUAUAUAGGAAUAGGAUUUUCACCCCACCCUCUUUUAAUCAUUAUCACUUAAGUGUAAACCACACCUCACCCUACCCCCACUUUUACUGAAAAAAAAUGCACUUUAAUUCCUAAGGAGAGUGGCUGUUCCUGGCCCCGAAGCCAGAUUACUUCAGGAGGAGAGUUGAGGAGGGAGAACCCUCGGCAGACCCUGUGAAAUUAACCAAAUUCCUUAAUGUAAACACACAAGUCAACCAUUUUUAAACUGCCCCCACCCCCAGCCAAAGGGCAAAAGAAACAACCAAAUGGAAAAGUUCAAAAUGCCUACCCUAAUUUGAGAUGUUUCACUGGGGGAUAUCCCCAAUAUUAUUUUCUCAGCUACCAAAUUAUCAGAAACUUGAGGGUGAUUUUGUGGGAGGCUGAGACUUUUUUUUUUGUUUUUUUUUAAAUGAAAAGGCCAAGUGCAUCACACAGGCUAUAAAAUACGAUCCUGAUUUGUGUCAUUUCUAAAUAUUAGAUUCGUUCUCUCCCUUAAUUUGACAGGUGUUCUCAAGUCUCUCCUCCUGUAGAUUCUGUCCUUCCCCUGAUGACAAGCCAAUAGUUCUUGGUGGGGUUGCAUGUCUCCUAGAGCCCCAGGAGCCCUGUUGUGUCGGGGGAGGGGGGAGGGCAGGAGGGUGGGCAGAGACUGGGGUUGGGGGAGGGAGAUUCAGAGAAAGAGUGAAGAUAUAUGGGUUUAUAUAAACAUAUUUAAAGCAGUUUAGCAAAAGCUUUCUCGUUGAACAGCUUUAAGAACAAUGUGAAUGAAAUCUUAGCAACUUGGUUAGUAAUUUGAAAAGUCUAUUAAUGUAUACUUGAAAUUCUGUUUGUAUAAAAAUACAUUUUCCUCUUUAUUUUAACACUGUGUAAAAGAACAUUAUGCAUGUGAGUGGUUUGAGAAUUAAAUGAUUUAAUAUUCA